UACCGCGCUCCCCGCCCGGGGCCGGCCCUGGGGACCCCUCGGACGUUAGAGCUUGGGUUGAUGGCGGGGAGGCAGGCUUAACCAGGUGGCUCCUCGCGGGGGUCCCGUGCCUGUGAGGCGCCCGGGCCUACUCUCGUGGGGCUGGGCUGCGGGGGUCCCGGCGGUGGGAAGGCCGCGGGAUGUCUCUGGCGGACGAGCUCCUGGCCGACCUCGAAGAGGCGGCAGAAGAGGAAGAGGGUGGAAGCUACGGGGAGGAGGAGGAGGAGCCGGCCAUCGAGGAUGUGCAGGAGGAGGCGCAGCUGGAUCUCUCGGGGGACUCGGUCAAGAGCAUCGCCAAGCUAUGGGACAGCAAGAUGUUCGCGGAGAUCAUGAUGAAGAUCGAGGAGUACAUCAACAAGCAGGCGAAGGCUGCGGAAGUGAUGGGACCCGUGGAGGCGGCCCCCGAGUACCGGGUCAUCGUGGAUGCCAACAACCUGACGGUGGAGAUCGAGAACGAGCUGAACAUCAUCCACAAGUUCAUCCGGGAUAAGUACUCCAAGAGGUUCCCCGAGCUGGAGUCCCUGGUCCCCAACGCGCUGGACUACAUCCGCACGGUCAAGGAGCUGGGCAACAGCCUGGACAAGUGCAAGAACAACGAGAACCUGCAGCAGAUCCUGACCAACGCCACCAUCAUGGUCGUCAGCGUCACCGCCUCCACCACCCAGGGGCAGCAGCUGUCGGAGGAGGAGCUGGAGCGGCUGGAGGAGGCCUGUGACAUGGCGCUGGAGCUGAACGCCUCCAAGCACCGCAUCUACGAGUAUGUGGAGUCCCGGAUGUCCUUCAUCGCCCCCAACCUGUCCAUCAUCAUCGGAGCGUCCACGGCCGCCAAGAUCAUGGGCGUGGCCGGCGGCCUGACCAACCUCUCCAAGAUGCCUGCCUGCAACAUCAUGCUGCUCGGUGCCCAGCGCAAGACGCUGUCCGGCUUCUCGUCGACCUCGGUGCUGCCCCACACCGGCUACAUCUACCACAGCGACAUCGUGCAGUCCCUGCCCCCAGAUCUGCGGCGGAAAGCAGCCCGGCUGGUGGCCGCCAAGUGCACGCUGGCAGCCCGCGUGGACAGUUUCCACGAGAGCACGGAGGGGAAGGUGGGCUACGAACUGAAAGACGAGAUAGAGCGCAAGUUCGACAAGUGGCAGGAGCCGCCCCCUGUGAAGCAGGUGAAGCCGCUGCCUGCGCCCCUCGAUGGGCAGCGGAAGAAGCGAGGCGGCCGCAGGUACCGCAAGAUGAAGGAGCGGCUGGGGCUCACGGAGAUCCGGAAGCAGGCCAACCGCAUGAGCUUCGGAGAGAUUGAGGAGGACGCCUACCAGGAGGACCUGGGCUUCAGCCUGGGCCACCUGGGCAAGUCGGGCAGUGGGCGCGUGCGGCAGACGCAGGUGAACGAGGCUACCAAAGCCAGGAUCUCCAAGACGCUGCAGCGGACCCUGCAGAAGCAGAGCGUGGUGUAUGGCGGGAAGUCGACCAUCCGUGACCGCACCUCGGGCACGGCCUCCAGCGUGGCCUUCACGCCCCUGCAGGGCCUGGAGAUCGUGAACCCACAGGCAGCCGAGAAGAAGGUGGCGGAGGCUAACCAGAAGUACUUCUCCAGCAUGGCCGAGUUCCUCAAGGUCAAGGGCGAGAAGAGCGGCAUCAUGUCCACCUGAGGGGCUGCCCACUGAAGGGACACAGAGGCCCUGCCCUCAUGCAGGGACUGGGGGCGGGGCCAGGAGCCUGCCCUGCCUGCCCUGGGCCCCGGUGUGUAUAUCGUCCAAUCCAGGCAGGACCGGGAGGGGCCCUGGAUGGCCGCCCGGCUCAGAGGCGCGGGGGCCUGGGCCGGCUCCCCCAGGGCCUGGAUGGCCGCCCCGCUCCCGAGACACAGGGGCUUGCCCCAUGCCUUUUUUUACUCUAGCUGCAGAUGGUCUAGGGGAAGAGUACAAUUAAAACACGUUUUGAG